CUAGUGAGAUUUAUCGCUUGGUAUCAGAUCUGCCAAAGUGGAUAUCGGCGAUUGAACGAGCAGAUAGUCUUCACUAGCAACAGACUAACACUGCGGUCCCAGUAAGUGUGUUGUUUCUCAGAGGGUCGAUAUCCGUUUGCAACCUGACCUUCACCUGCACGUACCUUGACCCGAAUGGGGAGUCUAGGCGAGGAACCCCCGGCCCCGGCCUAUGUCAAUAGCGUCAUGACAACACCUCUCAGUGCGGAUGCUGAUCUCAACGGCAAUGGUGAUGGCGCGGUCGAUGAACCGCUUGUACAUGACUUUGCAGCCAUGCACGAUAGGCAGGAUUCAAUUGAGAGCAAGGCCCCUCUCACUCCCGCUAGCAGUAGACCUGAUCCCCAUCGUUCAGGGAGCUGGCUUUCAGAAGACGACACUGUUGCUCCCCCACCACCGGACUUUACGAGGAGAUUAAUACAUGUUCCCUCAAGGACAAGCUCAAACACUCCUACCGCCAACAGAAAGCGCCUUUCUAUGCAAAGGCGACUAAGUUCAGAGACAACUUCAUACAACAUGCCUACAACUCCAGAGUCUCAUCAACCGCGGACGCGGAGUUCCUCGCGGACUCCUAGCACCGUACCGCGAAGUUCUCAAUCGACAGUGCAGUCGAUACGGGCGCGCAGCACUGCCCCCAAUGGACUGCGUAGCUCAGCCAACUCCAUCAUGUCUUACGAAUCUUCGGCGCCUUCAGUCACAAAUUACGGCUUAACUCCACUGCAGCACAAAGGACAUGUGGAAGAAGGCGAUCGACUUUCGCCUCUAUUAGAAGAUGAUCCCAAAUCUUUUGAUCUUGUUCAAGCACCCGCCGAAAAUGCGCCAAAAAAGUACUCCCUGGAAACCCGAUCAGAUCAGCUUUUCUCGAAGGAACAUCUUGAAGCCAUAUUUCGAAACACCGCGUCUUUACUCCGCUUCACAUCAUUUCUCAGCACAGCGCGCCCGAAAUCAGUACCUGUGCUGAUAUACUACCUCGACGCGCUGAAAGCACUACGAGCGAUUAACUACGCCAAUGCGGUUGCAGAAGCACUAGAGCCUAUUGAUAAUCUCGAAUUCACUGAAAACCCCGCACGCCCUACAAUGAAUGCAGUUUUAGAGGAAAAGGCGAACGACGCGUUCGAGGUGCUUGUUCGAGAUGAUCUACCCGCUUUCAUCACACACAUUUUCAUUCAAGUCGUCAGCAUUAGCAUUUGGAACCGCGUUACAGGGAAUUUACCGCCGCUGCUACGGGAAACCAGUGAGGGCUUGGCAGAAGUGUUUUGUCUCACAGAUCCUUCGAGAACGGACAACCCAAUCAUUUUCGCAUCAGAAGAAUUUCAUCGCACCACGCAGUAUGGAGUCAGCUACGCGAUCGGCCGCAAUUGUCGCUUCCUCCAGGGACCGAAAACGAAUCGAAAUAGUGUAGCCCGCUUUAAAGCCGCUGUCGUCGCAGGCAGUGAGCACAGCGAAGUCUUCCUAAACUACCGCCGCGACGGAUCCCCUUUUAUGAAUCUCCUCAUGAUGGCGCCCCUCCUGGACUCACGAGGUAACAUCCGCUACUUCAUCGGCGCGCAAAUAGACGUCUCGGGUCUUGUAAAAGAAUCCACUGAUCUCGAGGCUUUCCAGCGCAUGCUCGAACAGCAAGAAGGCCACGAAGAGCGAGACGAGCCGAAGGAUGAGUUUCAAGAGCUAAGCGAGAUGUUCAACCAUUCCGAACUGGAUACUGUGCGGAAGCACGGCGGUAAUAUGCAUAGAGAGUAUUUGGAGGACCAGGACGAUAGUAGUGCGUACGGUGGAGGACGACCUAGGUUACUGAUCAAGGAUCAGAGCAUGUUUGAUGCUGAUACGACGGAGAAGCCGGGGCCUAAGCUGAAGGAGAGUUUAAGUGGACCGUAUAAACACUACCUCCUUAUCCGCCCAGCGCCAUCUCUCCGCAUCCUCUUCACCUCGCCCUCACUCCGCGUUCCAGGAAUCCUACAGUCACCCUUCCUCGACCGUAUUGGCGGCAGCCAACGUGUCCGUGAUUCUCUCAGUGACGCCCUCUCAGACGCCACCCGCGGCGUCACAGCCAAGAUCCGCUGGCUACCCCAUGCAGUCCAGAACCUAGAGAACUCGCACCAAGAAGGCCGGCCCCGAUGGAUCCACUGCACGCCUCUCCUCGGCGAGUCCGGCACAGUAGGCGUAUGGAUGGUAGUCCUCGUCGACGAAAAAGAUGCUCAGCCUAGGCGGAAAUUCCGCACUGCACCACCUGUACCCAUCGAUAUCCGCAGAAAGCAGGAGCAGCAGAACAGCAGACCCACUAGCUCUGGUGAUGACAUGGACUCUUUGUAUUCUGCACAGAUUGCGUCGCAAUAUCCCAACGGCCCCGGUGCAACGGCACGCAACACGGCUAUCGAUGCGCUCCGCCAGCCCCGGUCCCCUAUGAUGUACGACCAGCGCGCGCUGCGCUCGGAGAGCCCCAAUAUCAAGGAUUACGUCAACGGUCGCGAACCCAGUGUCGAUUCUUUUGCCAUUUUGUAGCGCGGACUCUUGGUCGUGGAGCAGCAGUUAAAGGGAGUUAUGCCCGGAAAUACAGUAUUGGAGGAAGUAUUAGGCGGUGCUUGUGCCAAUUUUUGUUAAGUUGCUAUAUACCCAUCAUGUAGACGUACUGUAGCCAUAUGAGUAUAACGGAUGGGCUAUCUCCUAAUGCGAAGAUUCGAUUCAUCUGU